CUCCCCUAAACUUUGUUUAGAGUGCUUCACUUGGCCCAGAUCUGAGCUACUGAGCUUCUCUGGCCCGAGGCUGUUAGCCCAUAAGAAUGGGCCAGUCAAGGAUCUUUGCAAAGUCAUAGUAUAUAUCAGGAAUUGAGUGCCCUUUCUUCAUAUUUUACUAGGCUUUUAUUGUUCAUUAAAUGGAAGAAAAUAUUAUGACCCUUGUAUUUAGGCCUGUGAUAAUUUUUGAAUGAGUAAAGAACUCAACACUGGGAGAAUUUUUCUUCAUCGUUCUCAUAGUAUAAUUAAUGCAGUUUUAUUAAUUAUCAAAGCAAAUGUGUACCUAGCUGACCGUGUGAUGCAUAUAGGUGUUCAGUCAGCUAACAUUAUUUUUAACUUAUACCAGUGUCCUUUCUGCUGCUCAUUUUACAUUUGCACUUGUUUACUCCUUUCUGCCAGAUAGAACUUUCUGGGGCCAAAGACCUUAUCUUGUUAAUAAUUUAGCAUUGCUUUUGCCUCACCUUCUGUAAGAGCUCACUUGUACGUUGAGUUGCAUGGGGGAGCCAGCUGCACGUGCUCAUACUCACUCUGAUUUAAAAGGACGUAGGACCGUUCCUGCGAUGUGGAGUCAAAGCUCAGAUUGUCGACCAACGGGGGAAACACGAAGUUGCUAUUUUAUUGUGCUAAGCAUAUACUUCUUGCUAAAAAAUUCGUAUUUGGCAUUCUUAGGAGAUGUGGUUUCUCUGAAGCUAAUAGUGGCUACAUGUGCUAUUGUGUCUGACAAUCUUGUAAAUAGAAAUUUAUAUGCGAAUAGUUAACAUCGGUGACAUGAUUGAUGCCAUGGGUAGAAGUGAAAAGAAUGUAGACUUUCCACCUGGUUUAGGGGGUAAAGCUGGGGAAUGAAGUGGGGAAACAGAGCUAUUCUAGAGCACGUGUGAGUGUAUUGUAGUCGUGUACACGCAGGGUUCUGACUUCUGCAAAACUGGAAUUUGGAGGCUUAAGAGAGAGGUCAAGGACAAAAUAGUAAACAAAUCCGAAUACAAUCAGAUUAGGACGAUAUUGGCAGAUUAACAAUGAGCUGUUUAGAUACAGCCUGUUCUCAGGUUAAACAUUUUCAUAUCACAGAAUUCUUUAUUUCAUGUUGACUUUGGAUGUCCUGGAUCAUUAAGAUCAAAGGACAUAUUUCUAGGGAAACCUCUAUUAUCAGUGACCUCAUAAAGUGCCCUGUAGAACAGAAUUAGAUAUUUCAUGAGCUACUCAGUUAUUUCUCUCAUCAGAGUACCGAGGAGUGAACUGCUGAUGUGGUGAAUGGUCUGCAGUGAACUUGGAAUCAUCUGAUCUUGCGUUGGGUGUCAUAGAGCUGUCCCGUCUUCUCCCCUCCCCUUCUUCUUUUUCUUUCUUUCUUUUUUAUUUAAGAAAAAGGCCUUUCUUUUAAAUAGGUGGUUAUUUAUCCUGGCUCGACUUUGGUCUGUGACCGCUCCCUAAAUUGUGACUUGCUGUGGUUUCAUGAUGUAGUUUGUCUUUUCCUUUCCCCCCCCCCGAAUGGUAUGAGGAAUUUUUAUUUGGUGGUAGUAGUCGAACAGUUAGGCUGAGACUUGGAGACGGCAUGACAGUGUUUUGAUGCGACCACAUUGAGGGCAUGGUUUGGAACCUGAGUGGACGCGGAUAGGUACAUCUUUGAUGGGGUUUUGAACAAAGAUCACCCAGUUUUUCUGUUCAUUGAUUUGCUCAUUCUUUUAUUCAGAAAAUGUUUGAAUGUCCAUAUGCUUUUUGUCACAGUAUUUCUUUUCUGAGAUAUUGGUAAUAACACCUUCAACCCAGCUGUCUCAAGCUAAGAACCUUAGAGUGGUGCUGUCCAGCACAGUAGCCACUAGCCACAUGUUUUGCUAUUUAAAUUGACAUUAAUUAAAAUGAAAUGAAAUUAAAAAUUCAGUUGUUUGGGUAUACUAGCCACGUUUCAAGUGCCCAGUCCAGUGCUCCAUGUGGCUGGCGGGCACCAGGUUGGGCAUUGUUGCUCUGUAGGACAUUUCUGUCGUCAGGGAAGUUCACCUGGACAGGCCUGUGUCACUUGACUCCACACUUGCGGAGACAUCUAAGCUUCCCCAUCCACUUUAUCUCCCAAGACCUGUGUGUCUCAGAUUUGUUCCCUUUAAAAAAUUCUCCUCCUCUGUCUUAGUUUAGGUCUUCAUCAUCUGUCACCUGACUUAGGGCUCAAAUUCAGUUACCAGUUCUGUGAGGCCUUCCUUGCUGCUGUCCUCCCCCAACCCCCAUUCCUGGUGGUGGUCACCGUCUACCUUGUACUCUGUGCGUACCAUAUGCACACCAGUUAGAGCCCUGGUCCCACGGAGUGCUACCUGCGCAUUUACACACUUGUCUUUUGGUGGACCAAGAAGUUCUUGGGGGUGCAGGAUUGGGCUUUGGUCAUUCCAAGGUAGGAUCAUGCAUAACCACAAUAAGUACGUGUUUAUCGGGCAGGUAGAGAGAGGCGCAGGUGGAUGUAGGAGGCUGUAGUAGGUUGUAUUCUGAAGGCUAGAGACCUUUGGAUACCUGCAAGCGAGACAAGAGGAGGGCAUUUCUGGUACGGGGAGCAUCAGGGCCGUGAGCCCAGAGGUAGGAAAUGACAAGGCAGUCGUGCUCCUGGGCGGGAGUAGGCGCGAUGACGUGCUGUCAGCACCACUCAGCUCCGCCGUGGACGUGCACAGACCCGCAGUGACUGCGUCGCAUGCAAACGUGCUUCCCUGUGCUGGCCGGCGCUGCACCUCCUAGUAGAGGCGCUGUGUUUCAUGCUUAUAGCCUUAACCUGUAACCUAGUAGAGGCGCUGUGUUUCAUGCUUAUUAACCUUAACCCGUAACUUAGUAGAGGCGCUGUGUUUCACAGCUAACAACCUUCAUCUAUAACUCCAAAGGAGUUCAAGAUGUGCUUUCCCCUGUAAAAUGGAGGCUGCACGCUCAACAAAGUCUAGUUAAUUCUUCAAGGCCUUUGUGGUUCCCGAAAUGGUAGCCACUCAGUAGGACAGAAAAAUGCAAUGUAAGACUGUUCUUAACAGUUGCAUGGAGUCGUUAAGGACUGUGACUUUGUAGUCAGACUUCCUCCUGACUCUUCUUUUCCUAGCCGUGUGGUCCUGAACAAGUCACCUUUCGAUCCUAAUUUCUUCACUUUUUAGUGAAGGUAUUACCUGCCUAUGGAGACUAAGAUGUAUGUGAGGUGUUAGCACUAUGUUUAGUCCUGAAUGAAGCAUUUACCAAAUAAUAGCUCAUAACAAAAAUGAUAAUUCCAUGGCCUCCUACACGAAUGUGAAAAUUCAUAGCUGUGUUUCCCAGAGGAAGAGGUAGCACGUGAUUCUUGAACGGUCAUCUAGAAAAUACGUGUGAUGUGGGUUGCUGUCCUUGCCCCUAGGCACAGUUAGCUCGAUGCCGCCCUCUCGAACGUGAAGUGUGUAGUGCUGGCUACUUUCAAAAGCAUCAAGUCAAACCAGCUGAUCUGACAGAGGUAAAAUUAGGCCUGGAUAAUCUAAAACCCAGGGAUAAUUUUCUGUAUUUGGAAAUAAGGUGAUUACUUAUGCAAAUUACUUAGGAAAAAUUCACUUUUCUCUUUUGCUCUGCAUAAUCAAGAGCAUGCUGUUGUACAGCUGCUCCUAAGGAAGAGAAGGAAAGUGGUGUGCCGCUUUCAAUUUUAAUUUUAAUUUUGAUUGCUGUUACUACUGAUAUCUGAGCCAAAGUGGUGAUGCUGCUCGAGGGAAAUCACUGCAACCCCUAAGUCAACGAUUGUAUGAUUGUGAGCCAUGCCUUUAGUGAAGAGGAACAUCGAACCCCGGCACUUGUGCCGGGGCGCUCUGCCCGAAGGGAUCACCAGCGAGCUCGAAUGUGUCACCAACAGCACUCUGGCCGCCAUCAUACGCCAGCUGAGCAGUCUGAGCAAACAUGCCGAAGACAUAUUCGGCGAGCUGUUUAAUGAGGCUAACAACUUCUACAUCAGAGCAAAUUCUCUUCAAGACAGAAUCGAUCGCCUCGCUGUCAAAGUUACCCAGCUGGAUUCAACAGUGGAAGAGGUGUCACUACAGGAUAUCAACAUGAAAAAAGCUUUCAAAAGUUCCACAGUCCAAGACCAGCAGGUGGUUUCAAAGAACAGCAUCCCUAAUCCCGUUGCUGACAUUUACAACCAGAGCGACAAACCGCCGCCUCUGAACAUCCUGACGCCAUACAGGGAUGAUAAGAAGGAUGGGCUAAAGUUCUAUACUGAUCCUUCCUAUUUCUUUGACCUCUGGAAAGAAAAAAUGCUACAGGACACAGAAGACAAGAGGAAAGAGAAAAGGCGUCAAAAGGAGCAAAAGCGUAUAGAUGGCACCACCCGUGAGGUGAAAAAGGUUAGAAAAGCCAGAAACAGGCGGCAGGAGUGGAAUAUGAUGGCGUAUGACAAAGAGCUUAGACCCGACAACAGGUUGUCUCAGAGUGUGUACCACGGAGCGUCUUCCGAGGGAUCCCUGUCCCCUGACACUAGGUCCCACGCGUCGGACGUUACGGAUUACUCCUAUCCAGCUACGCCCAACCACUCUCUGCACGCCCAGCCUGCCACCCCCUCGUACGCCGCCGCGGGUGAGGCGCCACCGCACGGGCCCGCGAGCCAGGCGCCCGAGCACGAGUACCGGCCCCCCUCCGCCUCGGCCAGGCACAUGGCCCUCAACAGACCCCAGCAGCCGCCGCCCCCGCCGCCCCCGCAGGCCCCAGAGGGGUCCCAGGCCUCGGCACCCUUGGCUCCUGCGGACUACGGGAUGCUCCCAGCACAGAUCAUCGAGUAUUACAACCCGUCAGGACCCCCGCCUCCCCCGCCACCCCCCGUGAUUCCCUCUGCACAGACUGCCUUCGUCAGCCCCCUCCAGAUGCCCAUGCAGCCCGCCUUCCCCGCGCCAGCCGGCACCACCUACACGGCGCCGCCGCAUCCUCCCGCUGGGCUCCUGGCCGCAGCCCCGCCUCCCCCGGGCCCACCGCCUCCCCCGCCGGGACCGCCUGGCCCGGGGGCUUCUCUGUCGCCCUCCCCGAUGCACGGCCCCCCAGCGGCUGAGGCCAGGCGGCAGGAGCCUGCACAGCCGCCCAUCAGCGACGCCCGCAGCGAUCUCCUCGCUGCUAUCCGGAUGGGAAUCCAGCUGAAGAAGGUGCAGGAGCAGCGCGAGCAGGAGGCCAAGCGGGAGCCGGUGGGGAACGACGUGGCCACCAUCCUGUCUCGGCGCAUCGCUGUGGAGUACAGCGACUCCGAGGACGACUCGGAGUUCGACGAGAACGACUGGUCCGACUGAGCGGGCGGCGGCCCGCGGGGCUGGGAGUGUGUGGGCGAUUGCAAGUGGUCUCCGCGCCCAGAUAGCGGCGUCCUAACCCUGUAGCGUAGCACCUUUUGUAUGACUAGUGUGAUAUUGCUUCUGCACAUCCGAAACGUCUGGGUUCUUUCAGUGUUUACCGUGUAAUACUCAAGUGCCACUAAACAUAGCGGAUCGUGCUGCACGUGAGGGCCCAUGCUGUCACU